AUGGCCAGCCAACUCAAGUACAGCUUUGCCUCAUCCUUAACUCAGAGGUUUGCUGUUCCUAAUGACAGAAGUAGUGGAGCUACAUUUAGAAUCCCACCCGGUAAGAGAAGCUUCAUUGUCAAAGCUGUUCAGUCAUACAAGGUACCGACAGAGAUGCCAGCAAUAGAGGCAUAUCCAAUGAAUGGUGGGCAUGGAAUUUAUAGUUAUGCCAAGAACUCUUACCGCCAGGGACAAGCUAUACAUGCUGUCAAGGAACUUAUCAAAGAGGAAAUUACUGAAAAGCUUGAUAUCAAUAUGUUUCCUUCAUCAGACACAUUUCGGAUUGUAGAUAUGGGUUGUUCUGCUGGACCUAACACGUUUUUUGCAGUUCAAAACGUUCUUGAAGCAGUAGAAAAGAAAUAUCAGUGUCAAGGACUGGAUCACCAUAGAUUGCCUGAGUACCAAGUUUUCUUUAAUGAUCAUUAUUCGAAUGAUUUCAACACCCUUUUCACCUCCCUUCCUCCGAACAGGAAUUACUACGUGGCAGGUGUGCCGGGUUCUUUUCACGUUCGUUUAUUUCCUGAGGCCUCUCUUCACAUUGUCAUCUCUUCCUAUGCUAUCCAAUGGAUUUCUCAUAUACCAAAAGAGUUGGUGGACAAGAGCUCUCCUGCUUGGAAUAAAGGGAGGACAUAUUAUGCGCAUGCAGGAGCUGAAACUAUCAAGGCUUAUGCAGAUCAAUUUGCUAAGGACAUGGAUAACUUCUUGCAUUUCAGAGCACAAGAAGUUGUCCCUGGAGGAAUGGUUCUACUAACCAUCCCAGGUGGCCGCUGGGAUGGUGACUCUGAUUAUCAACUUCUUCCCAAUACUUUAUAUGACCUCCUGGAAUCCAGUAUUGUCGAGAUGGCUCAGAAGGGAAUCAUAAGCGAAGAGAAACUGGAUUCCUUCAAUGUACCACAAUACUUUCCCUCACCACAAGAAAUGGAAGCAGCUGUUAAACGAAAUGGGUGUUUCUUUGUAGAAAGAAUAGAGUGUCUGCACGAUGAAAAGAAGCAAGCCAAUCCAAAGGAAGCAAGAGCAUUUUCUUCUCACAUGAGAGCUGGGUUGGAGUUUCUGUUGUCUGAGCACUUUGGACCUGAGAUCAUGGAUGAGCUCUUUGACUCUUUCACCCGAAAGAUUGAAGAGAAUGAAGUCUUUGAUAUGGGGGUCGCUUUCAAAUUGCUUGUAUCAGAUCUGUCAGUGCCUAGCUAUCAUUCUCUCGAUCAGGUUGCAACUGAUCCUACUUAUGGGCUGGAUUCUGGUGAUGGCGGUGCUUGUGUUAUGAUGGAGAAAGAGGUCUUGAUGAAAGUUGAAGAAGUAUUGGUGGUGUGGAUGUGGCAGGUCCUUGGUGAAGGACAUGGGUCAAGGUGGUCUGGUGGCUGGAGGUUGAUGAUGAGGAUGAAACAGUGA